CGCCAGUAAUACUGUCUGCAUCUGAGACUUGAUAGCUUUUAGCAACACAAUAUUAUUUGAAAAUGGAGUCGAAUUCAAACGAUAGUUUUUGACAGAUUGCAGAUGCCUACAAACAGUAUCAGUUUCUGUGUGCACAGUGACUGUAACUGAGAGUUCUAUUUUUGUUUUGGAAAAACUGGAAAAGCUUAAAAUGACGCAGAGGAGUGACAGUCAUUGUGGUGAAGGCUGGUGCGGUGACUGCACUGCCUGAUCUUCGUACACAGCAGAGAAGCCCAGAGUGUUAGACUAGCUGCUCUGUGGCUUGCAGUGUAAUGGAAGACUCUGAGCCGCUGUCGGCCAUGAGGUCAGAGGAGAGGAGGCUGAACGGACACUGCAGAUGGAGCGCUCACACUCUCGAGUCGAAGGUGGUGGAGGACUUCAGACGGAGGCUCAAAUACUUCUUCAUGAACCCCUGUGAGAAAUACAGAGCCAGGGGUCGCAAACCAUGGAAACUGAUGUUACAAAUAUUAAAAAUUGCAAUCAUCACAGUCCAGUUAGUCUCUUUUGGCCUGAGCAAUGAAAUGAUGGUCACCUUCAAAGAUGAGAAUCUGAUGACAUUCAAACAUCUGUUUCUAAAAGGAUAUAAGGAUCACCGGCUGGGAAGCUAUGCACUGUACACGAAAGCUGAUGUGUAUGAUCACAUCUACUACAUUAUCAACAGGUACAUCAAUCUCCCAAACCUGACAGUAGGUAACCUUGCAUACGAGAGGGUUGAUGGCAAGUACACACCUCUGUCUGUCUGUCAAGAGUUUUACAGAAACAGCAGCAUCAAUCCUGAAAAUGAGACCUUCGACAUUGAUCCACAUAUUGAUAAAGAUUGUAUUUCCAUAUAUCCCAUGCAGCCGUUCAGCAACAGCAGUGUGGCAACACAUGUGAACUUCUCUUUAGAUUUCAAAAGGCUGCUGUCCGUGAACAUCCACCUUACUCUGAAAACCAUCAAUCUGCAGACUGUGCGGCACCACGAGCUACCAGACUGUUAUGACUUCCAUAUAAUGAUCAUGUUUGACAAUCGUGCACACAGUGGAAAGAUAAAGGUUGAUGUUGAAAAUUAUGUAAGAAUUUAUGAAUGCAGAGACUGGAAUGUGGAAGGCACUUCUGAUAAGAACGAUUACCUCCUCUUGUCGUUUGAUUCUGUGGUCAUCCUGGCCUGCUUCACCUCUCUCAUCCUCUGCACGCGAUCCGUCAUCAAUGGAAUCCAACUCCAGUUUGAGUUCAACAUAUUCUUCCAUGUCUACUACAAUAAAACUGUGACUUGGUCUGACCGCAUGGAGUUUGUGAAUAGCUGGUAUAUCCUGAUCAUUGUGAGUGACACGCUGACCAUCGCUGGGUCAGUGUUCAAAAUUGGAAUACAAACAAAGUACCUGACAAACUAUGAUGUCUGCAGUAUCUUGCUGGGAACAGCCACAAUGCUCGUCUGGGUCGGCGUGAUUCGUUACCUUGGUUUCUUCAAGAAAUACAAUAUAUUAAUCUUAACUCUAAGGGCAGCAUUCCCAAAUGUGAUCCGAUUCUGCUGUUGUGCGGCCAUGAUCUACUUCGGGUACUGUUUCUGUGGUUGGAUCGUCCUUGGGCCUUACCAUGACAAAUUCCGAACACUCGACAAGGUGACAGAGUGCCUCUUCUCUCUCAUCAACGGGGAUGACAUGUACGCCACCUUCCUACAGAUGAGAGACAAGAGCUACAUGGUGUGGCUUUUCAGCAGACUUUACCUCUACUCCUUCAUCUCCCUCUUCAUCUACAUGGUGCUCAGCCUGUUCAUCGCUCUCAUUACUGACACCUAUGAGACCAUCAAGCAUCACCAGCAGGACAAGGUGCCAGUGUCCCAGCUUCAGGCCUUCAUAGCAGAGUGCAGGGACCAGCCCGAGUCUGGAAGAUACCAGACUGAUGAAGAGCCAGCUUCCUGCUGCUGCUUUGGAUGAAGUGAGAAGAUGUGGCUUUUACCUUUGCCAAGUGUGGACAAAGAGUUGGCAUAUCAUGAGACUGAAUAAAGCCACAGAGAGUCCUGACUGUCUACAUGAAGCAUUUGAUUAUACUGAUGCAUGAUGAGAAUGUUAGAAUAUCUUCAUACAUAAUUUUUUAAAACUUGACUUGCUGAACACUACUGAACUAAAAGGCAAAACUUUCUCUGUUGAAGACUGCUCCGAGGGCCAGUUAUGGUCACCAGUGUUAAUAGCCCGAUGGUAAUAAUUUCAGUAUGAAUAUGCAUUAACAACCCAUUCCUCCUCAGUUCAGUGAUGCUUUCAAAAGUGGUGGACGACUUGUCUUUACAAGGAAGAUUUCUGAGAGAUUACCUGGUAAGGAAUUUCCUCCUGACUGCACAAUAACAGCAUAACUGUAGGCUAUGUGUGUCGUGAGUAUACUACUUAAUUAGAAAUUAAAAAGUGCAAGUAGAUUUACUGAUUUUAAACUCUUCCCCUGAAUGUACUAUAUAAUGACAAAAAACUUUGUGUAUUUUGUAGUUCUGUGUAUUUUUUGCACUUUUUACACUAUUUGCUCAACAUAAUAGUUUCACUGACAACUAUGAAAAAAUAAAAUGAAAUGUAGCUAUCCCA